AUGGGGGACUGGGAGGAUUGUCACGGUGGAAAUAGAAAUAAUGAAAAUACUUUACUAUCCAGGGGGACUGGAGAAGGAGUAAAGCGCAGUGAGAGAGAUAAUUUGAAUUCUAUCGAUAUAAUGGAAGAGUAUGAGAAGGAUCCAGAGAGGGCACUUAAACUAAUUGAGUCAUUGAGGUAUGCGAAUAUGCCACUGUGUAAUAUUCCGUGUGCAUAUGAUAUUUCUGCGUAUCCAUCAUCUAAGCACUAUAACCAGCUUGUGUCUGUGUACGGUACAGUGAUGAAGAUGGGGCUGCUUAAGUUUAAGAUGGUUGCGGAUAAGGAGAUUGACUACCAGGAAAUAAAAAUACAGGAGAGGAAUACGAUGUACGUCCCAAGAACAAUAACUGUACAGUUACAUAAUAAACUAAUAAAUAGUUGCAAGCCAGGGGAAGUGAUUAGAGUUUCUGGGGUUGUUGAAAUUCUCUGGCGUAGAUUGAAGCUUGGAUGUCCAAUAGAGUGUGAAUACGCACUGCGUGCAGUUGAAGUAACCCACCAUACAAUAAAAACAGAAUCUGAGCCUAUCAUGCUGCCAGAGAAUGAAUUUGACCUUCUAAUAGAAGUAAUCGAUAAGUAUGCACCUUCCCUGGCUGGGAUGAGACAGGCUAAACUAGCCCUGCUCAUAUGUACAGUCGGCGGGCAAGAGAGCAGUAAAGACUCACAAAUAAAAGAGCAUGAAGACGGGAGUGUUAAAGAAAGAGAGAGUAUAACAACAGAACAAAUGUAUUAUGAGUCGCAGAGUAAGAACAGAGUAUCUUCCCAUAUUUUACUCGUUGGGAAGACAGGGUCAGGGAAGAGCACCCUCCUUAACUUUGCAGCUAAAACUGUUGUACCAGCAGUAAAAACCACAGGAAAUUCCUGUUCAUCCGCAGGACUCACAGCAUGCGCCACAAGAGAGAAUAAAGAAUGGAUGAUUGAACCAGGAGCAAUCCCUCAAGCAGACAGGGGAAUAUGCUGUAUCGAUGAUUUUAACAGUCUACAGAAAGAAGAGAAAGCAUCGAUCCUUGAAGCAAUGGAGCAACAAACCAUAACAAUCGCAAAAGCAGGAAUCCUCUUAAAAUUAGACACACGCUGUACAAUAAUAGGAGCAGCCAGGCAUAAUACAGAACCAGAAUGGGCACUCCCCUCUCUUAAACUAUCCCCACCACUCCUCAGCCGAUUCGACCUUAUCAUGGGGCUAGAUGACCUCCUCGCAUCAGAUGAAGAAAUAGCCAUUAAAAACAUAGAUAAAACACCAGAAGAUGAUUCCGCUGUAUUUAUCCAUAACUUAAUAGAACAAAGAAAGAAAAUCCCAGUGACACUCUCAGAAGAGUCCAAGCGUAUAAUUGAAGUAUACUACAGAAAACAAAAGGAAAUAGAUAAUAUAAGCAUAAGAGCACUUGAAAGCCACAUACGACUCUGUGAGGCAUACACUAAACUACAAGGACAAGACGUAGUAACUGAAGUACACGCACUAAUGAUAGUACUACUGCUUAAUUCAAGCCUGAACACAAAGAGACUCUGGAAGUACACACUCGAUGGAGUGAUCGGCUCUAGGAACCUCUUGAGUGCAGCACUUCUCCAUAUAAAAAAUGACUUACUCCCAGAAUAA